AUGACAUCCCACCACCGCCGCCAACGCUCCCCACCACCACCAACAUCUCCCCACCGCAUCUACGCUCCCCACCACCCCGACAUCACCGCCCGCAUCACCACCGCCAGCAUCACCGCCGCAAUCCACACCGCCGCAGCAUCCGCACCGCCGCAAUAUCCCCGCCGCCAGUAUCCCCGCCGCCAGACCAUCUUGCCGCCAGAAAUCUCUCCCACCGCCAUCACCCGCCAGUAUCCACCCGCCGCCAGCCAUCCGCCGCCAUCCCACCACCGCCGCCAGCCCACCGCCGCCAGGCACUCACCGCCGCCGACAUCUCUGCACCGCUAUCCGCAUCCACCAAUAUCACCACCACCAGCAGCUCCCCGCCGCCAGCAUCACCGCCGCCAGCAUCACCGCCAUCACCGCCGCCAGCAUCUGCGCCGCCAGCAACCGCCAAUAUCACCACCGCCAGCAUCUGCCACCUUGAGCAUCACCGCGCCACGAUCAUCCUGCCGCCAAUCACCGCCGCCGUCAUCACCGCCGCCAGGCUCACAUCACCGCCGCCGAUCCCCGCCAUCUCACCGCCGCCAAUAUCCCUGCCAGCAUAUCACCAACCGCCAGCACUCCCAUCACCGCCAACCACUCACCGCCGCCGCCAGCAACACCGUCGCCAGCCAUCACCGCCGCCUGGCUCUGUCGCCACCAGCUCUCACCGCCGAUCUCACCACCAGCAUCUGCAUCGCCACCAACGCCAUCACCGCAGCACUCACCACCACAACGCUCACCGCAACGCUCACCAACCGCUCACCACCGCAAACGCUCACCAACGCCAUCGCACCACUCACCACCGCCAGCUCUCCAUCGCCAGCUCUCACCACCCGCCAGCUCUCACUCACCGCAGCUCUUUCACACCGCCGCCAACGCUACCAUCACCGCCAGACAUCUCAUCUCACCACCACCAGCACAUCACCGCCAGCACGCUCCGCACCACAACGCAUCACCCGCCGCCAGCGCAUCACCUGCCAACAUCACCGCCGCCAGCGCAUCACCACCGCCAGCGCAUCACGCCUGACAGCAUCACCGCCACCAGGCAUCACCGCCGCCAGCAUCCGCCAGGCAUCACCGCCAGCGCAUCACCGCCGCCGACGCAUCCCGCCGCCAGCAUCCGCCGCCGCCAGCCGCACCGCCGCCGCAAUCCCGCCGCCAGCACUCACGCCGCCCAGCCCAUCACCGCCGCCAGCGCAGCACCGCCAGCAUCACCACCGCCAGCACUCACCACCGCAGCACAUCCGCCACCUGUGCAUCACCGCCACCAGCGCAUCACCACCGCAGCGCAUCACCGCCGCCAGCACAUCACCGCAGCGCAUCCCGCCGCCAGCGCAUCACCAGCCACCGCACACCGCCAGCACGCUCACCACCGCCAGCGCAUCGCCACCGCCAGCGCAUCACCGCCAGCAGUAUCACCGCCGCCAACGCUCACCGGCAUCACCGCCGCCAGCAUAUCACCGCCACCAGCCGCAUCACCGCCGCCGCCAUCACCGCCGCAGCCGCGGCACCGCCACCGACGCAUUGCCGCCGCCGAGCCGCAUCACCGCCGCCAGCGCAUCACCGCCGCCGAUAUCUGCACCGCCGCAGACGCAUCACCGCCAUGACGCAUCACCCCCGCCAGCACAUCACCACCGCCAGCGCAUCACGCACCGCCAGCGCAUCACCACGCUACGCCGCCGCCAGCGCAUCACCGCCACCGGCACAUCCACCGCCAGCGCAUCACCGCCAGCACUCCCGCCACCAGCGCAUCACCGCCGCCAGCGCAUCACCGCCACCAGCAUCACCACCGCAACGCUCCACCGCCAGCACAUCACCAGCGCACUCCUGCCACCAGCCUCACCGCCGCAGCACACUCCUGCCGCCAGCCGCAUGCCAGCGCCAGCACAUCACCAGCAUCACCGCCAGCGCAUCACCCGCCGCCAGCGCACUCCCGCCGCCAGCGCAUCACCGCCGCCAGCCCCGCAUCACCGCCGCCAGCGCAUCACCGCCGCCAGCGCAUCCACCGCCGGCGCAUCACCAGCAUCCCGCCACCAGCGCAUCCACCGCCACCAGCACAUCACCGCCGCCAGC